GGUAACAAGACGCGAUUAUCCACUCGUGUGGCUUGUACCAUGGAGACAUUCUAAUCCUCCUUUGUCGGGGGUCUGAGCCAACAGGGCUGAAGCCCUGCGCCGCAGAGGAGUUAGUAGAUCUUGAGCGGUUCAGAACAGCCCCACUUUUUUACAUUUAUAUCAAUCAGCUUCCUCUCUUCACUUGUCGAUCUUGAUUUCACAUUUCCCAAAAGAUCCUCCCUCUCCUUUCCACAAACUUCUGUACAACCCAUAAUCUUGAACUCCACUCACUCAUAAUACGAAAUGCCUCAACCAUGGAAGAACGGUCUCUUUAACUGCAUGCCAUGUGGUCUCUGUAGGACUCACCUUAACUCCAAAAUUUCGAUCUGAGUUAUGCUUACAUUUUUCGAAUAGGUCUUAAAGGAUGCUGCUGUACCUGUGUUCUCGUUGGCCAAAAUCACGAACGUAUCAAGAAGAAUGAACCAAACCCUGAAACGUUCAAUGGAUGGUGUAUGGGAUGGUGCGGUUUGCAAUAUUGCUUUGGUGUUGGUUGGAUUCUGCAGAUGAUUGAUCGUCAAGAUAUGAAUGACAAAUAUGGUAGGUAAGCUCGGUGUCUCCUCAGUUGGAAAGUUGAAGUUUUGUCAUGGACCUUGGAUCUUUCCAAUCAUCCAGAAGAUCGGUCUUUGCAAAGGGAGAUAAACUGCCUUCCUCACAUUCCUCCUGCCUUAAGCACCUCUACUAACGAACCCCCCUUCAGACCUCGAAGGCUCCUCCCUCGGCGCAUGCUGCACCGCAUUCUGUAAGCCCCCCCCUCCCCCCAAAAAUAAAAACCAACAAACCACCAGGCUGCGCAUGCUGUGAAGCAAUCCAAACCAAAAAAGAACUCGACUACCGCGAGCUCAACCAAGGAAACAACGCCCAAAUCCCAACCGGCUACCACCCCAAUAACGAGAAGAUGGUUGCCCAACCCCAAGAACCACACUUGCCUCAAGAAGCGCAUUUCCCCCCUCAACAACAGGGCUAUGCACCAAAUGGCAAUGGGAAUGGUCAUGAUAUGAAGGUCAAUAUGGGGCCAGGCCAAGGAGGAGUUGUUAAUCCUUACCAGCAUCAGUAGGUGGUUUGGUGAAUGGUGCGAGUACAUGUAUUGGUGGGGAAUUGAAUGGAAUCUUAUUUUUGAGGAGAGUAAUAUCAGGUGCUGGGGCGUUUUUUUAUGAUGCGGUUCGCCUAGGUUUUGAGCUGCAUAGGAAUGGGGU